UGGAACAAAUGAGGCUAGAUCCUGAGCUUGAUUUCUAUGGAACAGUUCAGCUGCUUAUUCUCUUACUCUGUAACCUUGCUGUGGAGGAGAGGAAAAUAAAGAUGGACUGGAUGAAACUACGUUCUUAUUCCCGGAAGGGGCAAGCUCAAAAGAAUAUACACCGUGGUUCUCCCUUGCCACGUGUGGUAGCAUCUGAUGCUGGAAACAGAAGGAAUGCUACAGCCAAAAAGCUUCAAUCACGUCUAGACCUUCGUCUGAAACCUACACUGGAGUCUCAAGGCAAAAGACACAACAAAAAUGCCAUUACAAAAGCAUUACCAAAACUUCAUGAAAUUUCUGAGGUGACUGAAAUGAAUUGCCUUUCAUCUGACCAAAGGAGUAUGGAAGCGAAUAAAGAUAUCAGUGAAAUGGACACGACUGCACCAAAGGACUCUUUGAAUUUAAACACUGCAAGUAAAAAGAGCUUGAGAAAUAGUGAAACCACUUCAGGAAUGACUUUACCCACAGGUGUUUCAGUUUUCCUGCUGGACUGUUUGGAUGUGGAUUCAGUGGGCUCCAGUACAGAAUCUACUGAUUGCACAACUCACUACUCAUCCCCUGAAAUAUUCAGAGAUGAAAAAGGUUUAAAAGGAACCAGUGAUAGUCCUGAAGGACCAUGCUUUGGAUGUAGAAAUUCAACCCUCUUGGAUACAAGCAAAGCUACCAACAUAGACAAGAUGCCACAGCUGCCAAAUCUGUCAAAGAUACUAGGAGGUCAAGACCAGAGGAUUACAUGUGGCAGAUCAUCCCAACAGAAACUGCAUUCUGAACUGACAAAUUCUUCAGUUGUAGUAGCAGGAAAGAAAGUACACAAAAUUUUGUCUACAAUGGAAUUAAGAUCUAAAUCACGAUCUUCUGGCCCUUUGUUGUUGCCUCCAAAGUACAAAACACAGAGUUCAGCUGGAAAAAGCAAGCCAGACAUAUCUUGCAGAAAUCCAGCUGAAAAUGUAGCCUCAAAAGAGCAAGAUGUUAAAAUGGAGAUCAGUUCCAGAUCAGUGAACCUAGGAAGGAAUAGAGAAGUCCUAGCAAGUACAGCAUUUCUACAACCAGAAGAUGUAGAGCUGGACUUGUCAUCAGUGCACAAAGGCUCCCUCAGUGAAGAUUUCUUACCAAACACAAAUAGCGUAUAUGUCAAUUCAGAAGAAAUUGUUCCUGCAACCCUGUCUCCAAAACAGACGAUUUAUCAGUAUUUAUGUAACCCACCAGAAAUCUGCUCUAUCAUUAAAGCUUCACCAGGAUUUAGACCACUGAAAGUUCUCCAACAUCCACUGAAUAAAAAAGAAUUAUUCUUUCCACCAGGAUCAAGUGAAGAUAUUAUUACAAGCUCAGAAAACUGUACAAACAGAAGGCACAACAGUAAGCAAAAAAAUAAAAGCAAAAAGUGACUUAGUCCUAGCUGAAUGAAUGGGACUGAUGUUCUCAAUGUAUUUAUGCCAUGUAGAUUUCAAUAUUUAUUUUGAGCUUUAUAUAUAACACUUAUGGCUUAAUAUUAUAAACUGUACUGAAUUAUUUAUUAAUAUUAUAAAAGUUUGUAAAACAGUUGCCUGGGAAUGCAAUUGACUUCUAAAAACCUUAUUUUUGCACUUUUAGCAGCUGUUAUUUCAGUGAUACAGGUUAACAUGUUUAUAUAGUUAGCUUGUUUAAAAAAGAGAGAGACAGAAAUGGGAUAUUAAGAAAAGUAAGAUGAAGCUGAACUGAAUACAGUAUUUGGAUUUUGUUAAGUCUGAAUGUUUAAAUAUAUUUUUGAAGGUUACUGUAAGAAAAAUAUUCAAGAUUUUUUGUAUUAUGACAAGAAUAAAAUUCAACUAUUAUGAGUUACCAGUACAGUGUGUGUCUAGUUUAUGUCACUCACCUGUAUAGCUACUAAGAUCUUCAUGUUUAUUUACAUUUAUUUAUUGUGUUUUCAAAUAUGUACAGAAUGUGUGGUUAUGCCUUCAAGUUGCCUGUGAAUUUCACAG